AUGCUGCCCGCAAAUGGCCACUACGAUGGCAUGUUCAGCGACGAGACGAUCAUCAUCAGCGACCCGUCAGGAGUGGCAUAUGAUGAAAUCGAAGCAAUAGAAGCGAUAGAGGUUGAUGGGCAAGAAGAUGCCAUCGAAAUCUACAGCGAGUACCGGGGACGCAGCGUGAAUGCCCUUGGAAUGCCGUCUCCUCUCAUUGGCGGCGAUCAGGCCGAUGCACAAUACGACGAUGAUGUGCGGUUUCAAGCCUUCAUCGCCGCACGACUGGCCGAGCUGAAUGACCGAGACAAAGCUUUCAUCAAAUUGGAGAUCCAGCGGAUUUUGCUUGACGCCAGAGUGGGAGCCGGCACUGCAGCAAAUAUGAUCAAACAGCGGGAAGACGCCGUCCGCUUCGACCAAGAACACGAGCCCUCUCCGGGUGACCACACCCCCGUUCACAGCCCACCGCAAAGCCCCCAGCUUGUCGCCGAUAUCAAGCAGAUGAAGGAU